AUGAAGACUGUUUAUAUUAUUGAUGUGAAGAGUGGUAACUUGCAAUCGUUAUCUAAUGCCGUUAAAUAUAUUGGAGGAUAUGAAAUUGAAUACAUCACCAAUGCUGAAGAAUUUUCCAGAUACGAUUCACUGAUUGAAAAGUUAAUAUUUCCUGGUGUGGGUAAUUACGCUCAUUUUGUUAAACAAUUACAUGAUAGGAAUCUUGUAGACCCCAUCAGAGAAUACAUCGCUAGUGGUAGAGCGCUCAUGGGUAUCUGUGUUGGUUUGCAGUCUUUAUUCAAGGAUAGUGAAGAGUGCUCCAGCGGUGUACAAGGUUUAGGAUAUCUUGGACUUAGUCUCUUUAAAUUCAACAAGAAUGACCCAUUGUUUGCAGAGAACAACAUGAUUAAGUCGGUUCCUCAUAUUGGGUGGAAUAAUGUUGACGAAAUUAAAAAGGGCCCUAUGAGCUUGUCCAAAAACCAAGCACUUUAUGGUAUAAAUACCUUUAACAAGUAUUACUUUGUUCACUCCUAUGCUGCAAUUUUGAAAGACAGUGAGAUUGAAUCUAAAGUAGAACAGUACUCGAAGCAGGGUUGGGAUUUUGGAUUUGCAGAUUAUGGAUCUGAAAGGUUUCUUGCUGCAGUUUCGUACGGAAACUUUUUUGCUACCCAAUUUCAUCCUGAAAAAUCUGGUGUUGCAGGUUUACAAGUAUUAAAGAGCUUUUUGGAUGGUCAAAAGUACGGUGAGGUUUCAGAUGUAGAAGUGCAAAACAAUAACGAACUUGAUAUUAAAAAGACUUUGGGUGGAUUGACAAGAAGAAUUAUUGCUUGCUUGGACGUUAGAACUAAUGAUGAUGGAGAUUUAGUUGUAACGAAGGGGGAUCAAUAUAACGUCAGAGCUCCUUCCGACAAUGAUAACAGCGGCGAAAAUAAAGUGAGAAACUUAGGCAAACCAGUUGAAUUAGCUACAAGAUAUUAUCGUCAAGGUGCAGAUGAGGUUACGUUCUUGAAUAUCACAUCAUUUAGGAACUCUCCUUUAAAGGAUUUACCAAUGUUGCAAGUGUUAAGUAAGGCUGCAGAAACCAUUUUCGUUCCCCUUACAGUUGGAGGCGGUAUUAAAGACAUGGAAGAUCCAGUUAGUAAGCAAAAGGUGCCAGCAGUGAAAGUGGCAGAUUUAUAUUUUAGAUCUGGAGCUGAUAAAGUUAGUAUAGGGUCAGAUGCUGUAAAUAUUGCCGAAAAAUACUAUGCUAAUGGAGAGAAGGGUGAUGGUACUUCUUCAAUUGAAACUAUAUCUGCCACUUUUGGUGUCCAAGCAGUUGUUAUUUCUGUUGAUCCCAAGAGAAAAUACAUUCAAGAUCCAAAUGUCGAUACUAAGAUGAAGUGUAUUAAGAUAGAGGACCCUACAAAGUACGGUCCAAACGGAGAGCAAUAUUGUUACUACCAAGUUACGUCACAAGGUGGAAGAAAGGUCCACGAUCUUGGUGCAUUAGAGCUUUGUAUAGCUUGUGAAAAUUUAGGAGCUGGUGAAAUAUUGCUUAAUUCAAUAGAUCACGACGGAUCUAAUAAGGGCUACAACUUAGAGUUAUUAAGACAAGUGAAAAAUAGCGUUUCAAUUCCAGUAAUUGCCAGCUCAGGAGCUGGAAUCCCAGCUCAUUUCCAAGAAGUAUUCGAAUUGGAAUGUGGCAUGGAUGCUGCCUUGGGUGCAGGUCUUUUCCAUCGUAAUGAGUACACUGUCAACGAUGUUAAAAAGUACUUGCAGACUUCGGGUAAAAUGGACGUUAGAUUAGAAGAAUCAGUAGACCUUUAG